GAGCGUACCUUCUCAGAUGCACAGGAAACAGCAAUAGUCAACAUGGUUAUGGCAAAUAACGCAUUAACCAUAAGACAAAUAAGGAAUACAAUAAUCAAUGACCAAGUCACAUUCCCCAACAUUCUCACAGUUGGCCAGGCUACAGUGGACCGUGUUCUGAGGCGGAACGCACUAAGAAUGAAGCAGAUAUACAGAGUGCCGUUCAACAGAAACUCUGACAGAGUCAAAGAUUUGCGCCAUGACUAUGUGCAAAGAGUUCUUGAGCUAGAGGCAGCUGAGGAGUCGAAUACAUUUAUUUAUAUUGAUGAGGCUGGUUUCAACCUCUCCAAAACAAGGCGCAGGGGCAGAAACAUCAUUGGACAACGCGCCAUUAUCAAUGUCCCUGGCCAGCGGGGAGGGAAUAUCACUCUGUGUGCUGCCAUAAACCACAACGGCAUCCUCCAUCACCACUCAAUCAUUGGCCCCUACAACACUGCCCGUCUCCUCAUAUUCCUGGACACACUCCACAACACACUUAUUCCACCCGACCAAAUAGUCCAUGCAGAGCAGCCCAGGUAUGUUGUUAUCUGGGACAAUGUAAGUUUCCACCGGGCUGCUCUGAUCCACAAUUGGUUCACCCACGGUUUUUGGUGCUUCCCCUCCCACCAUACUCUCCAUUUCUAA